GAGCCUCACAUUAUGUGAGGACUGAGCUCAACAUUCUUGGUGGUGGAGCUGGGGGAAGUUAAGAAUUGUGGUUGCGUCACCUUAUGAAAAAGAUUUCAAAAUUCUAAAUGCAAAAUUGCUACGGAGCGUCCCCAGGCCUGGCCCCUAAGCUUGCAAUUCGCGGUCUAUCCGCCCCUGAGGGCUUCGGUGGGCUCUCCCGAUUCGAGGCCUGCCUGGAGGAGCUGUCAGGAAUGUCCGGAGACCCCCUCCCGCCGGGUAGUCUCCAUUGUCUCUAGGCUUUCGUCUCGAGAGGAAAGCGGGGCCGGCGAAUAUGAUCAAGGCCCGUUAGGUGUAAACGAAGGCUUUUGUGUGGGCUCCAAUUAAAUGCUGUUUCUGCACACCUGUGUUGCUAGUCGUUAAUUGCGAUUGCCUGGGAUGCACCGCCUUUGGUGGAGAUCAGAGAGCGACGGUGGAAGUGUCGCUUAGGGGUUUGCUAGGCACUUGGGAAAUGACUCCCUGUGCUUUCUCUGUGUUGAAGAUUGCACUAUGCUUUUCACACAAAGGGACAUUAUUAAAAACUUUUUCUUUUUGGUUUUGGUGGGUUUUUGUUUGUUUUUUGGUUACAUGUGAGCCCUGGAUGCUUGAAAGCAAAUGAAAAGUGUUUAGGAUCUAAUCAAAUUGAUUUAUAUUAUUUGAGGCUUGAAUUAAGUCUAUUCUGUCUUCCACUAUCCUCUCUGUAUAUGUAUGUAUAGUGAUUACUACUACUGUUAGGUUUUAAUGAGUAUCUUACCAUAAAUAUACAUAGCCCCUAUUUCAAAAUAUAUUAACAUCCACAAAAUUAGGGCAAUACAAUAUUUCAGCACUCAGAUUUGUUCCUAAAACUUAUUUUUCGCCAUGAUAUCCUAAGCCCAAACUUUAUUCAGCUCUAAGGGUUGAGUAACAGAUAAUGAUGAUGAAACAAAAUAAACGCAGUGCUAUUUCAGAGUUGUCUAUGUGCCAGCUACAGAGUGAGAAACUCCUAAGUUGUAGUUUCUAGUUAUUUAUAUACGUGUUAGAAUUCUAGUUAUUUAUGCAUAUAUUAUAUAUAUUUGUACAUAUAUUUAUGCAUAUAUACAAAUAACAAACUUUCAUUUGUUAUUUCUUAGUUGUCUGCAUACAGUUGCUUCCUUAUAUUCAAUGAAUUUAUAUUAAUUACUUGGUUUUGUAGCAUACAAGAAAGAAAAUGAGUGAACUGUAUACCAUAAGGAUUCAAAAUAGCACCUUACUAUUGCCAACAUUGGCAUGGCAAACUUGUGAAGGAAUUCCCUUUGGACUAGGUCCACUAAAAAUGGUGUCCAGGGCUAAGGUGAGUGCCUAAACUGCCUUUUUCCCAGAGGACUAGAUGUUUCCUCAAAACUGGCAAACUCCUAUCAACAGUAACCCUCAUCAAGGACAUUAGUAGUAUUUUUAAAUGAUUAGUUUUCUGUGUAUAUUUUAGUGCUUAUAGACCGCAAUUCCAAAUUGACUGCUUUCAGUAUAUCAUUUUACGCGGUUGAUCUAUAAUUCAUUACCUGAGCACACCAGGGGAGGCAGUGUUGUGAACUGUAACUGGUAAGCUACUUGGUGAAACCAGGCUUUGUAUUUUUAAUGUGUUUAAUUAUAUUUAAAAUCAAGGAAGGCUUAGGGUUGUGCCUGGUUUUCUUUGAAAAUAUGGAUUUGUUAUCAAAGGGUUGCAGUUGAUGACGUUUUGAUGUCAUAUUAAUAUGUUUGCUGCUGCUACCAAGAGCUUUGUCAAGCAAGUUGGAGAUGGAGGGAGAUUAGUUCCUGUUCCAAGCCUCAGUGAGGCUGACAAAUACCAACCUCUAAGUCUGGUGGUAAAAAAGAAGCGAUGCUUUUUCUUUCCCAGAUAUAAAUUUACUUCAACACCUUUUACACUGAAAGAUAUUCUUCUAGGAGACAGAGAAAUUUCAGCUGGUAUUUCAUCUUAUCAGUUACUGAAUUAUGAAGAUGAAUCAGAUGUUUCACUCUAUGGAAGGCGAGGCAACCAUAUUGUGAAUGAUGUUGGGAUUAAUGUCACUGGAUCAGAUUCUGUUGCAGUGAAAGCUUCAUUUGGUGUGGUGACCAAACAUGAAGUGGAAGUAUCGACAUUACUCAAGGAAAUUACUACACGAAAAAUUAAUUUUGACCACAGCUUGAUACGUCAGACAAAAAGCAGCAGAAAGGCAGUAUUGUGUGUGGUCAUGGAAAGCAUUCGAACCACACGACAGUGCUCGCUGUCUGUGCAUGCUGGAAUUCGUGGGGAAGCCAUGCGGUUUCAUUUUAUGGAUGAACAGAAUCCCAAGGGAAGGGACAAAGCUAUUGUUUUUCCAGCACACACAACCAUAGCUUUCAGUGUUUUUGAACUCUUCGUUUACUUGGAUGGUGCCUUUGACCUUUGUGUCACUUCAGUGUCAAAAGGAGGUUUUGAAAGGGAAGAAACUGCAACGUUUGCGCUGCUCUACAGAUUGAGGAAUAUACUAUUUGAGAGAAAUAGAAGAGUGAUGGAUGCCAUUUCUCGUUCACAGCUUUACUUAGAUGAUCUUUUUUCUGACUACUAUGACAAACCUCUCGGCAUGACUGAUAUUUCUCUCAAAGAAGGGACUCAUAUCCGAGUUAACUUACUUAAUCACAACAUUCCAAAAGGACCUUGCAUACUCUGUGGAAUGGGGAACUUCAAAAGGGAGACGGUUUAUGGGUGCUUUCAGUGCUCCGUCGAUGGGCAGAAGUAUGUGAGACUUCAUGCAGUUCCUUGCUUUGAUGUUUGGCACAAGAGGAUGAAAUAAAACAAAAAUAAUGAACGUACCUUGCUAGUGUUUUAGGUGCACCUGUGCCACACACCUUUCUAAAAUUUUCUAGGUUUGCUUUGAUGAAUUGUGGCAAAGUAAAGAGGGAGAGGAAAGAGAAAUUAACCUGUUUGGGCAUCAUUUUCUUCAUCGAUAAAAGGGAAGAUAAUAGUUUCUAUCCUAUAAAUUGCCAUAAAGGUUAAUAUUGUUUAUGUGAAAAAGGUUUAAAUAUUCAAAACAUAGCGAUUCCUUCAUAAAAUCUGCCAGUUACUUUAGAAGUAUACUUGGGAAUUCAGUCUAUCAUCUUAACUUUACACAGCGAUUUUUCUCAAUAUCAAUUUUAGUUUUAAUUGGCUUUUAAGUCAACAUUUAAGAAUGACAAGAGGUUAAAUGUGGUGACUUUAUGGUGCCUUACCCACUGCCUUAGGUCUGGUAAAAUGAGAAAAAUGUGUUAAUAAUUUAAUGUAAUCCUAAAUAUUUAAUUGCGGUAUCAAAUUAAAAGCACACUGAGCUCA